CUUUAGUUUCAGCACUACGUGAGUGAACAGCUCCCCAACUACGCUGCUCCCGCUACGACUCAACGCCUCAUCUUAAAAACUUAAAACGCAUUAUUGAAUUCGUGUCAGAUUAAUAAAGCAAAUCCCAAACAAACCCACAACCAUACACCCCCUCCACACACACACACACACUCGAGUGGAAAGCAAUCCAUUCACACUGAGCGGAAUUUCAUCCAUACGCACAUGCUGACACAGAAUAGAUCAGGGGAAGCGAGAGAGAGAGAGCGAGAGAGAGAAGGCUGAGAGCAAGCGAGAGAGAGAGGAUGAGGAGACGAGAGAGAGUGUGUAUAUUUCUUCCGUGGGAAAGAAUUUGAUCCACAUCAGCCUGCCUUGAUCGGCUGGAGCCUCGACCAUAACUCCUGUGGAUGGAUUUACGCCUCCGCCACCUCGCACACCUCUGGAUUUAAUUCAUAGCACGGGGGACAUCUUAAAUCUGGUGCCAAUCAAUAGAAGCCAUCAAGAAGCAGAGAAGAGUCGGGGGAGGAGGGAAGAGCGUCACACCUCCUCCUCCUCCUCCAACAUCUUUCCGUGCGCCGAGUAGGAGCUGCAAAAGUGCAUUAACCCGAGAGGAAGAAGGGGUGAGGGGCACAGAGGUGGGGGGGUUAGACACAAACCGGAGCCCCCUCCAAAAGAGGCGCGCAUUCAUUCAUCUCUCCUUGACCGAGGACAGCAUGUCAAGCGCGGCUUUCCAGACACUCAGCUUUUUGUGACAUGACUUCUCAUUCUUACUGACCAUGUGCGCACUUACGAGUGAGUGGCGGUGCAGUGGGGGGGCGUGAGGAGGGAGGCGGUCCUCACCUGCGCCGACUUUGACGCACUUCGGGACGCCGCAGGGAGGCGACGGAAAGGCGGCCGCGGAUGGGCCCCAAGCCCCGCGAUUCCCCCGGGAUGGCGUGCGGCGCCUGUUACUACCUGGUGAUCAGCUCCACGCACCUCAGCAACGGACACUUUCGGCGCGUCAAGGGGGUCUUCAGGGGGCCGUUGUGCACCACAGCAGCGUGUGAGUCACCGGAACGCGGCGAGCGAGCAUUGGGUUGCUCAGUGGAGGAUCUGAAGUCUCUUUUCUACUGCGAGCUGUGUGACAAGCAGUACCUGCGCCACCAGGAGUUUGACAACCACAUCAAUUCCUACGACCACGCGCACAAACAGAGGCUGAAGGAACUCAAGCAGAGGGAGUUUGCUCGCAAUGUGGCCUCUAAGUCCUGGAAGGAUCAACGCAAGCAGGAGAAAGCUCUCCGACGCCUCCACCAGCGAGCACAGCUGCAGCAGGAACGCCAGCGAUUUGAUGGAUGCAGCCGCAGAUGUGGGAGCACUCAGUUGCCGUCGGUGGGCCACAGUGGCCAAGGAAGGACGUUUGAGCUACGGAGUACUGUCAGGCUUGUCAGCCAGCAGCAAGACAAAGACACGGAACACAAAGCCCGCAGCCCUGUGGACAAAUUUGAAGCCUUAAAACACACACACAGGCCCCAAGCCAAACACGGCGGUACAUCUCCACUGAGCCGCCAGCGAGAAAAUCUAUGCCGGCCUCUCCCCCAAACACCACUGGUUACUCCGGUCGAGUCCCCGCUAAUCACUCAUCUCGAGUCCGAUCAAGGUCCUUUUGCAGUGAAUCAGCAAGUGGGCUGCCAGCUGCCUCUGGAGGAGCGAGGGAGAGCUGGAGGCAGGCGUGGGGUGUCCUUCUGUUUCUCACGCAGGGGGCCGCGGCUGGAGCCCUCUGCAUCGGUUUUCUCUGACCAGGAGGAGGAGGAGAGAGAGAGGCGGGAGCAAAUGAGAGAGUGGAUUAAGGGCAUUUUGGAAGACAUUGAAAGGGAAAUUGAAGGUGUUGGUCCAAGUAAUACGAGAGGAAAUUGCGCAGAGGACACUGAAAUAAAGGAGACGGUGAAAGAUAAUCAGAGCGGUGAGCUGAAGGAGGGAUCGGGAGCGGUGUCCGUUUUGCGUAAGGAUGGGUCCACCUGCGUCGGGUGGCCUGUCGGUUUGCUGAAGUUCACCAAGUGUGAGCCGUGUAUCUCUUAUAGCUGCAACCCAAACUGCACAAAGCAAGCGGUAGAACAACUCGAGCCGGCUAUUCUUACACCAGACGCUCGUUACUGUUUACAAAAAGGGAUGAGUCUGGCGCACGAGGCGAAAAAAGCUGAGGAGAAUGUCAAAGCGGAAGCACACCUGUUAGACGAGAACAAAAACCUUUCAUCGUCAGGGGGAGGAUCAGAAGGGUCGUCGCGCAUGCUAAGUAUAGAUCAUCAUGUGAGGGCGUCCUCCUUUCCGUUUGACCCCGCUCAUAGUGACAGCUCUGACAUCAACCUCGCAAUUCCUCCGGGAGACAGCUUAGCGAACAUUCAGGAGGGAGACCUUAACUGUAAAUUAGAAUCUGUCACCCAGUUUAGCGAAAACAGGACAUGCAUAAGCCCACACAGGCGUGAGAGCGAGAUGGCGUGCGAGGGUGCGGGCGAUACUCACCCACGAGGGGGCAUCUCGUGCAAAAAGAGUAAACACGGCGUAAAGAAGCCAAAGUUGGGAAAGAGAAAGAGGAGGGGGAAGGAAAGGGCCGCAAAUGGACGCCAAUCACGGAGGUGUAAAGUGAAGAGUGUUGUCUCUGCCGUCUACAAUGUUAGCCCCAGAGGAGGAGAGACUGGAGACAGUUGGGGAGACAAUAAAGGACACCGGGAGGCAAAAGUGCGGAGGAGCAGCUGUCUCCAAGGGAGAACGGAGGCCGAGCCAGUUUACGUCUCCGUCGGAAAGAGACGACCUCACAGGAACUCGACAUCUCAGUUCGUGCUUGGCGGAGAGCAGGGGGAACCGUGUCGUAGUUUCUCCCAGUUUUCCAGACGUACACCUGACACCGAAGGGGAGCAUAUUCCCGGGCGAUCUCGCUGCUCCUUAAACUCUUUCUCACCAAGAUGUAACACAAAGCUGUUUUGGGAAUCGGGUCACCAUAGCAACCCCAGGAGUUUCAUUGACUGCAGUUACCCUGACAACAGCUGUAGCGGCAGCCCGGCGAGAAAGAGAAAAGUCGUCCACGGGGAUAGAAGAUUCAUUCACAGUAACGGGAGUAGUUUAAGAUACUAUGGGGAGACAGACAGAGGGCGGCGCAUGGGUUGCAAAGACCGAGGUUUGUUCUCAGACCAAUGGGAGUGGCUUGGGGAGAACGAAAGGCUAGAUUCUGGAUGGAGAUGGAGAAACAAGACUUUGGGGUGGGAGUGGGGCAGUAGGGCCAGCCUAAGUCCAAGCAACAGGAGAGCAAGCAUGGAAGAUGUGGAUUGGGACAAGUGGACAUUGGGAAGCAACGACAGUUGGGAGGAAAGUGGGACACGCAGGUCGACCUCCAGGUCUAGAACUGGUCCUGACGGUAGGUGGAGCCCCAAUUGUGCGUGGGGAUCUGCAGGGACGGGACACUCUAGGUAUGUGCCAAGCCCUGAAUGGUGGACAAGUAGGCGGAUGUAUAGCCCGUCAAGAGAGUCUACCAGCAGAAGUCAGAGCCCACGUUCCUGCAGUCCUUGCAGCAGCAGGGUGUCUGAGCUCAGCUGGGAAUGGAGCAAGAGCAGCACCUGCUCAGGUAUGACAUACAGAAGGGCCCCAUCCGAGGUAAACUCGCAAAGUGACUUGACAUCUCUUUCACCUGACCUUACCUUCAAUGCUGGAGAAUCUUCACCGGACCCCAAUGAACAUCGUUGUCGGGUGAGCAAUACGUCUCAGCUUGAAAGGACCAAGUCACUGUCAGACUGUGACCAGGAACCUCCUGUUCCUACGACCACAGACAAAAGCAUCCCGUGCCAAAGUGAUCCCGUCCCACAGAAACCAAUGCGGACAUUACAGCUCCCCCUCAUUGGGAAGCUCCCUGCAAUCCAAAAAAAAGCAAGGAGGCGGAAAGAACAAUUGGAACGGAUUCAGAAAGAGUGUGGUGAUGAAGAAGCGAGUCAGAAAUUGGACGGUGAACAUCCUUUGGCUUUGGUUCAAUCCAACCAAAGCAGUAUGCCAAAUCUGUGUGCAGCGGAGAUUAGGUCUGAUGACAACAAGACACCUCAGCCAAUCAGCUUUAGCGCAGAGGAGAUGGACAAGUAUCGACUCCUCCAGGAACAGGCCAGAGAGCACAUGCAGAAAGUUCUGGAACAAGGUGAAGAGAGCACAGAUGUUCCCAUGGAGACAACCCUCACUUGCACGGCACAGACAAACGAGUGUGGGACUCAAGGGGAGGCGUACACGCCUGCGGCCUCACUCAAGCCUCCACAGAAUCCUCACACAGUGCAAACGGGUCACAACCUUCAAGAAAGACUCCGACACAUGAACCCACAAGAGGAUUUUCAACGGCUUUUGGCUGUCCCCAACCUUCCUCCCCUUACACUCACCCCCCCUUUGGCCAACCUCCAUCAUUUAAUUUUACAGCACCCGGCCUUCUCCGCAGUCCGUUCCCCGGCUUCAGGCCCCUCUCCCGACGUCCACCCAGCUCAGCUCGCCCACCUACCUCAUUACCUUCACCCCUCUCCCGUCCCUCUCUCAUCCCUCUUUCCCUCCAUCCUCCUCGCUCACCCUUUCCUCCCUCUUCCACCACCUCCCCCAGUGUCCGCCUUCCAGGCAAACCCUCUGGCGCCACUUUCCACGCUGGCUCUGCAGCCUCCAAACAACCUACGACCUUUCUUGGACACGGUAUGGCCAGUGAGGUUCCAACAGAAGGCCUUGUAACCGUGUUUAUUAAAUAUCCAUGGCGAGAAAGAGAGAGAGCACAUUUCUGUUGUACCUGAUAUGGAAUCCAUUGGAGUUCUUACAGUGAGCCACCAUUUUUCGAUUGAAAAUACGUUUCUCCAUUAAUCCCCUGCCGCGUGGCAGCCGACAGUGAGACAAGCGACUUUGAUCAUUUGUGCUUUCUCGAUCAUUCAAGCUUAUGAUAAAGAGAAAGGUGCACCUGCUAUUCAAAGACAAGCUGGGCUUGUGUUAGCAUUGCUACGCUACCUUUGAAGUGGAGCCCCUGCAUGCUCCCUGACAAAGGAAAUAACAUUGCUUGGUUUGAACCACAAGCGUUAAAAAGUACACCUUUGAACAAUCGGAAAUGAAAAUGUAGCACAAGCUUGGUUCACAUUGGAAUUUCUAAAUUCAUGUGGAUAUUUGACAGAGGUGCUUGAAUAUGCUUCUGUUUAUUUUAGAAAAUGAAUGAAGGUAUUUCAAAUGUAAUCCUUUACAAAGUUUGAUAUAGAACUUCAAUUUCAAGACAUUAAUUGAUUCAAUUCUUGUAAGAGCAUGUUGCACUAUAGCGGUAGUGUCUAUGAACUGGAUUUCAGUAGGUGUCACCAGUUUGUAUUUUGUAAAUAUUUCCAACAGAGCUUGAGGUCGAUUCAAGAUAAAAUACUGUCUGGCUUUGUUGCCAAUGUCACAUUUCCCCUACACACAUAUGUAUUUAUGAAAGUUGUUACGGCAGCGGUUUGAUCGGUGCUCAAAUAAAGCGCAUCUUGAAAAAA